CCCGGGGGGGGGGCCUUCUCCCCGCAACUUUGGAAAUUUUUGUUUCAAUUUUACUCCGAUUUGAAGAAAAUAGAAGAGAUUUUUAUUAAUUUACUCCAAUUUUUGAAGAAAAUAGAAUAGAUUUUUAUUGAUUUACUCCGAUUUUUGAAAAAACCUCCCGUUUUCAAGUAACCCCCCUAUAUUUUUGUUGCUUCGCGCCGUCCCUGACGAUGAAUCUCCACCAGUUGAUCAACCAUCAUCAUUUGACAUAUUGGAUUUCUGUUAUGCUCUAUUAUCGAAACAUUAGAUCUAUUUGUCAAACAUAACUCUAUACAACAAUGUAUGUAUGAUACGAAAACAUGAAAUUUUCUUAAAGUUAAUUUUCUGUAUGUUUUAGUUUGCAUAUUAUUCUGUCGAUUACAUUCAUUAAUUAAACAACAAUUACCAAUCAAUGAUGCACUUCAAAGUCGAACAAUCUAUAGUUUUUUUCAACCUUUUUACAUACAAUAGAAUGGUCUGAGGAGGUAAUUUUUUGUUUCUAUAGAAUUUAUUUUAGUAGACAAUUGAUCCACAGCUAAAAAACUUGAUAAAGAUAUUUGUUGUUCAUUUUUAGCAGCUUAUCAGAUUUUAACUAUGGAUGAAAAUAGAAAUCAAAUAAAUAAUUGAAUAAGAAAAGCAGUGAAGCAAAUUGUUUGAUUUAUUUUCAAUUUAGAAUUAGUUAGAUGAUUUAUUAAUGUUUGUUCAAAAAUGUAGAGAAAGUUGAAUGAUUUUUCGAUUUUAAUUCAACAAAUAAUUUGAAAUGUGAUUUAUCUGAAAAGAAUUUUUCACUUGAUGUUCUAAUUCAAUACAUGACACAUGAAUCAGGUAAUCGGUCGUGAUCAUAUAUAUUAAAUUAUAUUUUUCUCAAAUUUCGAAUUAAUGUCGAUUAGCUGUUCUUCUUCAUCUUCUUCUUCAAUCAAAAUUAUAAGUAUCAAAUGAAUAUUGCAAUACUUUUACGACAAUUAAAAGUAGAAAAAUAACUUUUGUUGAAUCCAAAACAUUAUCCAUUGAUCAAUAUAUUUUUAUUUAGUGUUCGAACAGCAGAUUAUCGUAAAUGUGUUGAUUAUCUGCAAGCAAAUACUCAUAUAGUAUAAGACUACAUGAUGAAUUUUAUCCUGUCGACAAAUUACUUGAUCUAUUUGUUAAUACAGAAAUCUUAACAAAAGAAUAUGUUAAUGUAAAUUGUAUGAUAGAAUUUCUUUUUCUUUGUUUCUAUAAUUCUAGUCUUACAGUGAAAGUUUUCUUCGUUUUUGUACAAUAUUUACUGAUCGUAAUAAAAUAGAUGCAAGUGUUCGUAAAUCAGCACUUGAACAAAUGACGAUAAUGUUUCUGGAAAUUAUUUCAAACUUAACUCAUGCAUUAGUAUACCUACUUUUUGAUCGAAGUCCCCACAUAACUUCAUUACUUGAUAAUGUACUGCUAGUUCAAGUCAAAUCUCAAAUAUGCCAUGGUGUCGCUCAAUAUGCUAAAUGUUCGCCAAAUACUGACUGCGGUUGUUUACAUAUUCCAGGCGCUAUUAACAUCGGCAUUUGCAGCUAUGAGUUUUUAGUAGAGUGUUCUGAACUAGUUAAAUGCGAUUACAACAAUCUUUGUUAUGAACCUGAUCAUAGAUGUGUUCAUCAUCCUCGAUGUCAGAGCUCGCCUGUUUGUUAUCCAGUACCGACUUACAAUCGACAACUUUGCCCACCAAUCACAAUGACGAACAUCACAACUACAACAAUAGUUCCAACUACAACUACAACAACCGUUCCAACUACAACUACAACCCGUGCUCAGUCACUAGUUAAUAUUCCUGCUAAUGCCAAAUGGGCACAGAACGGUGUAACUAUUGCUGGAGGUCACGGGAAUGGGGAUGCCACUAAUCAACUCUACUACCCUCUUGGUCUCUUCGUUGAUGAUGAUCAAACAGUGGUUAUUGCUGAUCACGGGAAUCAUCGUAUCAUGCAAUGGAAGAACGGUGAUACAACGAAUGGACAGGUUGUUGGUGGUGGUAAAGGCCAAGGAACUGGAUUACAUCAAUUGUAUCAGCCAACUGAUGUAUUAAUUGACGAAGAGACAGAUAGUCUCACUAUUUGUGAUUAUGUGAAUCGACGAGUUGUACGAUGGUCUCGUCGUAGUGGUAUAACACAAGGUGAAAUACUCAUCGGCAACAUCUAUUGUCAUGGAGUAGCAAUGGAUGAACAGAGAUAUCUCUACGUUUCUGACGAAGCAAAACAUGAAGUAAGACGAUAUCAAUUGGGUGAGAAGAAUGGCACUCUCGUAGCUGGUGGUAAUGGCCAAGGUAAUGGACUCAAUCAACUCAACCGGCCGAGAUAUCUCUUUGUCGAUCGACAACAGACUGUCUAUGUAUCAGACAACAGCAAUCAUCGUGUAAUGAAAUGGGUGGAAGGUGCAAAAGAAGGUAUUGUGGUCGCUGGAGGGCAAGGUAUAGGGAAUGCUCUGACACAAUUGUCUAAUCCUGAAGGAAUCUUCGUUGAUACGUUGGGUACACUCUAUGUAGCAGACUCAUGGAAUCAUCGUGUAAUGCGUUGGACUCAAGGAGACAAGAAACAAGGCACUGUAGUUGUGGGUGAAAAUGGUCAAGGAGCAGGAGCAAAUCAGUUCGACGUCCCCGUUGGUUUGUCUUUCGAUCGACAUGGUAAUCUCUAUGUCGCCGAUAUGGGUAAUAAUCGUAUUCAACGAUUUUCUAUCGAAUAA